AAUGAAGACCUGGAAAAAGACAAAACAUCACAAAACUACCUAGGAAAAGGAAUGGAACAAGUAGCAAAGAAGUUAGGGGUGGCCCAUGAAGAGAUUCAAAGACUCACUGAUGAACUACAAGUGAAGGAGAAAGAACAGUGUAAAUUAGAUUCUGCACUUAAGAAGGCUCAACUAGAAAUUGACAAAUUGAAGGAAAAUUUGGUAAAGCAGAAAGAAAAUGAUGCAGCUGACCUACAGAAAGCAAAGGAACACAAUCAGAGACUGGAUGAGGAGAUUCUGGCUUUAAGAAAUAGGGUUCGAUCACUUGACUCAGAAAAAAAGGUGCUUGGUGAAAUGGUUGAAAGACUUAAAGGAGAGGUGUGUGAAUCUCAAGAGAACAAGCAACUUGGAAACCACUCCCCUGGAAAAACUGUGGGUGGUGAACAGAGAGAACAGCAUCCAUCAUCUGGAGAUAAACUAAAAUACAACCAGCAAGGGGAAGUACAGCUUCACCAGAAUUUGCACCGGCUCCGGAUUCUAUGCAACUCAGCUGAAAAUGAGCUUCGAUAUGAACGAGGGAAGAACUUAGACUUAAAGCAACAUAAUAGCUUACUUCAGGAAGAAAACAUUAAGAUAAAGAUUGAGCUAAAGCAUGCCCAACAGAAGUUAUUAGAGAGUACAAAGAUGUGCUCUUCACUCACGGCAGAGUGUAAGCAGUGUCAGCAGAAAAUCAAGGAACUGGAGUUGGAAGUACUUAAACAGACUCAGAGCAUUAAAUCACAGAACAACCUACAGGAAAAGCUGGCUCAGGAGAAAUCUAAAGUUGCUGAUGCGGAGGAAAAGAUUUUGGACCUGCAGCGGAAAUUAGAACAUGCUCAUAAAGUCUGUCUCACAGACACUUGUAUUUCAGAGAAGCAGCAGCUACAGGAAAAGAUAAAAGAAGCAACAGAAAAUGAAGCUAAAGUAAAGCAACAAUAUCAAGAACAACAACAGAAGAGGAAACUCCUAUAUCAGAACGUAGAUGAGUUACACAGGCAAGUGAGAACCUUACAAGAUAAAGAAAAUCUACUGGAAAUGACCUGUUCUCAGCAACAAUCCAGAAUUCAGCAACAAGAGGCCCUACUUAAACAACUGGAAAAUGAGAAAAGAAAAUAUGAUGAGCAUGUCAAAAGCAACCAAGAAUUGUCAGAGAAGCUGUCUAAGCUACAGCAAGAGAAGGAAGCUCUACGUGAAGAAUAUUUGCGAUUAUUGAAGCUGCUUAAUGUCCAUGUGAGAAACUAUAAUGAGAAACAUCACCAACACAAAAUCAAGCUUCAAAAAGUCAAGCAUCGUUUAACGAAUGAAGUAGAACUACGAGAUAAGAGAAUUAACGAAUUUGAAGAUGAAAUUAGAAUCCUGCAACAUAAAAUAGAAAAGGAGAAGGCAAUGCAGGACCAGAUCACUGCCCAAAAUGAUACCCUGCUUCUAGAAAAAAAGAAACUUCAGGAGCAAGUCAUAGAGCAAGAACAGUUGAUCCACAGCAACAAAUGGACGAUAUCUUCCAUCCAGAGCAGGGUACUUUACAUGGAUAAAGAAAAUAAGCAAUUACAGGAAAAUAGUCUUCGUCUCACACAGCAGAUUGGCUUCUUAGAGCGAAUUAUAAGGAGCAUUCAUAUUCACAGAGGAGAGAAUCUUAAGGAGUUUCCUGUUCCAAAAUGGUGGCAUAGAGGCAAGCUGGCUUCUCUCCCCGCAACAAAGAAACAGAAAGAAAUAUACAGCACUGAGGUCUGCACCAGCAACAAUGCAGAACUCCAGCAUGAGGAUGAGUCAGUUCCCAAGGCCACCGAGAAGUGGAAACACUCUGAGCAGAUGGAAACAACAAUUAGUGACAUCCUUGAAUCUGAAGUAGUGAAUGAAAUAUUGCCUUUAUCAAACUCCAGUUUUUCAGGAAAAGGUUUGGUAGAGUCAUUUGUAAAUCUUCAAGAGACUGACGAGAUUAAGUCAAAAGAAGCAAUGGCAAGUUCAAAGUCCCCUGAAAAGUCCCCUGAGAAUCUUGUGUGUUCACAGAAUUCUGAGGCUGGAUACAUAAAUGUGACUUCUCUGAAAGAGACACACGGUAUACAAGAACGAGACCAAAAGUCAGAACUAUAA